UGUAGAUAACACAUUACCAGCACCUAAUCCUGUAUGUGUGACAAACAGAAACCCCCCUGGAUCCCUGCUGGUGGCGUGUCCCCUCACCCACAGGUCGUGUCCCCACAGCAGGUGCCCGAGGUGCUGAUGUGACACCCACCACUGGUUGCUGGUUGCCAGGACUAUGGGGAAACUGCAGAGUAAAAUCAGCUUCCACACCACCAAAUACAGGGCUGAUGGCUCCGUGGGACAGACGGGACCUGCCAGUGCCUCCCAGGAGCACAGCCCUGCUCACACCGACGCUGUCACCUCUGUGGCUGCUCUCCAGCCAGACCUGUGUGUGUCAGGAGGAAGGGAUAAGAGCGUGGCCGUGUCCAGCUGGAGGUCAGGGGCUGCCCUGCGCCGCUUCACCGGCCACGAGCGCGAGGUCACCAAGGUCACCUCAGCCCUUGACUCCAACAGAGUCUUCAGCGCAUCCCGGGACAAGACAGUGAUGAUGUGGGAGCUUCAUGGGACUUCAGGGCCAAGCCAGCACUUCCCAGGACAUGACCUGGUUGUUACUGGACUGGCUGUGAGCCCAGAUGCCUCCCAGCUGUGCACAGGCUCCCGGGACAACACCGUGUGCAAGUGGGACACCGAGACCGGGGAGUGUCUGGGCAGAGCUGUAAUCUCCAGGAAUCUGGUCACACACCUGUGCUGGGUUCCUGGGGAGCCUUAUGUCAUCCAGACCUCAGAGGAUAAAACCACCAGGGUGUGGGACAGCCGGGAGCUGCAGGUGGCCCACACGUUCCCAGCCAAGCAGCACAUCCAGACGUGCUGUGACGUGAGCCAGGACGGGCGGUACUGCCUCAGCAGCAGCAGCGGCUCCGCCGGCCACGGCGCCGAGGCCACCCUCUGGGACCUGAGGCAGACCAGGGGCCGAGUGUGUGAGUACAAAGGACAUUUCCAGACCACCACUGCGUGUGUCUUCCUGCCCCGGGGCCCUGCACUCGCCCCCAGCAUUGCCACAUCCUCCAGCGAUAGCACGGUGAAGGUCUGGGACCAGGACACGGCAGCCUGCCUGGCCACGCUGUGCCUCGAGGGCUCGGGCUCACUGGCCUCGCUGGCCGCCUGCGACAGCUCCACCCUGCUCUGCGCCAGCUCCAACUCCGGCAUCCAUGUGCUCCGGGUGAGGGGCGGCGCAGAGCCGGCCCUGGAGGAGGUGAUUGUCCCAGGGAGGGGACGUGACCCCCAAGAGCUGCCCUAA